UUUGACUCAAUUGGCACGACCCGCCUGCUCGACUCCCAUGCCUGGCUGCAAGUUGGGGGAAGUCGCCUGCAAUAAGUUGGUGUGGCUUGACUCCUCGGCGCCCUUCCGAAUGCGGUUAGAUGGGGGUGUGAGCAGCCCAUGCAUGGGAGUGCGAGCAGGCGUAUCGCAUUGGCAAGGUGGCAGAAAAGUCAAGACUGGGGGGGAUCGUCCCGGCGCCCGAAGCGCUAGCGUAAGCGCGGCACUACCCGCGCCGCACGAGAAUCCACCGCUGGAACUCCAGCAGGAUCUAAGGCGAAGAUUUCACGGCCCAGCACCAUUGCCGCCAAAGUACGACGUCCGUACGCCGCCAUACUUGACUGCUGAGCCGGUCAUGACGGCGACAAAGAUCGACCCCGGCAAACCUACCGUCUUGAUCAUGGCAACGGAUGGGUUGUGGGACAGGCUUUCCGACCAGCAGGCCGUCGAGUUAGUAGGGAAAUGGCUCGAGUCGAAUGGGUCAGACAAGGGAGGCACGAAUCCGGACUCGACUCGUGAACCGUUCGACUUCAGCCAGCUUCGAAAUGUGGUGAACCCGGGGUUUGUCGAGGGAAGAACGACCAUCCAGGACAACAAUGCCGCCGUGCAUCUGGUGCGUAACUCCCUGGGUGGAAAUCACCACGAGCUGGUAGCGGCCCGGCUAGCGUUUGACGCUCCAUUCUCCCGGCGACUCCGGGAUGAUAUCACCGUGCAGGUCGUGUUCUUCGUAAACAACAGAGACGCUGCCUAAGAGGGGAGCGAAGCCGCAUGUGGACGUUUUGGUGUCGGAUCAAGCUCAUUGUACAAACCCUUGCUGACUUCGCAGCUACUUGAUUUUUUUUUUC